CAGGGCGGGGAGCGCGAGCGGGGCCGGCGGCGGCGGCGGGGCUGGGAGCGAGCGGCGGCGGCGGCGGCGAGCGGAAAUGCUUUCUCUGAAGAAAUACUUCACUGAAGGCCUCAUCCAGUUCACCAUCCUGCUCAGCCUGAUCGGUGUCCGCGUGGACGUGGACACCUACCUGACCUCGCAGCUGCCCCCCCUGCGGGAGAUCAUCCUCGGGCAGAGCUCGGCCUACACCCAGACCCAGUUCCACAACCUGCGCAACACCUUGGACGGCUAUGGCAUCCACCCCAAGAGCGUAGACCUGGACUAUUACUUCACGGCUCGCCGCCUGCUCAACCAGGUCAGGGCCCUGGACAGGUUUCAGGUGCCCAGCACCGAGGUGAGCGCCUGGCUGGUGCACAGGGACCCCGAGGGCUCCGUGUCCGGCACCCAGCCCAGCGCCGGCAUCGCCCUCGAGAACGGCGGCGGCCUGCAGGAUGGGAGCGGCCCCGACGGCGGCGUGAGGGAGAGCGGGGCCGAGCAGGGCUUCGGGGAGGAGCUGGAGGACCUGGGAGCGGUGGCUCCCCCGGUGAACGGGGACCUGACCAAAGAGGACAUCGAUUUGAUUGACAUCCUGUGGAGACAGGAUAUCGAUCUCGGCGCUGGGCGAGAGAUUUUUGACUACAGCCACCGCCAGAAGGAGAGCGAAGUGGACAAAGACCUGAGCGAUGGGAGGGAGCGCGGGGACGGCUGGCGGAGCGCAGGGAGCGAGGGCCUGGACAGAAACCUGCUAGUGGAUGGCGAGACCGGGGAGAGCUUCCCUGCGCAGGUGCCUGGCGCGGAGGACCAGACAGCUCUGUCCCUGGAGGAGUGCCUUAGGCUGCUGGAGGCCACCUUCCCUUUCGGGGAGAACUCGGAGUUUCCAGCUGCAGAUGUCUCCACCCUGAGCGAAGCUGUGCCCAGCGAGAGCCGGCCCGCGGGCAUCCAGAGCAGCCUGCUGUCUCCUCUCCUCCCAGAGACCGAGUCUCCCUUCGACCUGGAGCAGCAGUGGCAGGACCUCAUGUCUAUCAUGGAGAUGCAGGCUAUGGAAGUGAACAACACGACCGCUGAAACCCUGUACAACGGCACAGGCGGGGACCUGCUGGCUUCUAACUACAGCCUCGCUCCAAACACUCCCAUCAAUCAGAAUGUCAGCCUGCAUCAGGCCUCUCUGGGCAGCUGCUCCCAGGACUUCUCCCUCUUCAGCUCUGAAAUCGAAAGCCCCUCCAUGGCUGGCAGCUCAGCCCUGCUCCAGCUGGCGCCGGACAACUCCACCGGCCUCAACACCACCUUCAGCUCCACCAACUUGAGCGGCAUCUUCUUCCCCCCGCAGCUGAACAGCACAGUCAACGAGACGGCUGGCCCCGAGCUGCCCGACCCGCUGGGCGGCCUGCUGGACGAAGCCAUGCUCGAUGAGAUCAGCUUGAUGGACUUGGCUAUUGAGGAAGGUUUCAACCCGGUGCAGGCCUCGCAGCUGGAAGAAGAGUUUGAUUCUGACUCAGGUCUUUCUCUGGAUUCUGGCCACAGCCCUGCUUCUCUUAGCAGCUCAGAAGCCUCCUCCUCCUCUUCCUCCUCCUCCUCCUCCUCCUCUUCUUCCUCCUCUUCCUCCUCCUCCUCCUCCUCCUCGUUUUCCGAGGAAGGAGCUGUCGGCUACAGCUCAGACUCUGAAAACGUGGACUUUGAGGAAACGGAAGGGGCAGUUGGGUACCAGCCUGAGUACAGCAAGUUCUGUCGCAUGAGCUAUCAGGACCCGUCGCAGCUCCACUACUUGCCUUACCUGGAGCACGUUGGCCACAACCACACCUACAACAUGGCACCGGGGACGCUGGAUCCCGAGGAGCCCAAAGUGCCCAGCGCAGGGAAGAAGAGCAGCAAGGAGAAACCGUCAGAGUUCCUGGACAAGCAGAUGAGCAGGGACGAGCAUCGAGCCAGAGCCAUGAAAAUCCCUUUCACCAACGACAAGAUCAUCAACCUGCCCGUGGAGGAGUUCAACGAGCUGCUCUCCAAGUACCAGCUCAGCGAGGCGCAGCUGAGCCUCAUCCGAGACAUCAGGAGGCGAGGCAAGAACAAGAUGGCUGCCCAGAACUGCCGCAAGAGGAAGCUGGACACCAUCCUGAACCUGGAACGGGACGUGGAGGACUUGCAGAGGGACAAGUCCAAACUGCUCAGGGAGAAGGUGGAGUUCCUCAAGUCCAUCCGCCAGAUGAAGCAAAAGGUGCAGAACCUCUACCAGGAAGUGUUCGGCCGCCUGCGGGACGAGAACGGCCAACCUUACUCUCCCAACCAGUACGCCCUGCAGUACGCCAGCGACGGCAGCGUUAUUUUGAUACCUCGCACCUUGGCCGACCAGCAGGCCAGGCGGCAGGAGAGGAAACAGAAGGACCGGAGGAAGUGAGGGGGGCACGCGGGAGGAGCGGGAGACUCGCUCAAGGUAGAACUGGAGAAGGGCUGAGCCUGGAAGUGCUUAGAGGAACUUUCAUGCCUUCUUAUCCAAUAUAUCUUCUCAAACAUGACUGCUGCCGGUCAGUGUACAGGAGGGACUGCGGGCGCUGCACGCUGCGUUUGAGGGCUCCCUGCGGGGAGGGACGGGGAGGAGCGGACAGUGCACUGGCGAGCCCAGCACCUUCCACAGCCUGGAAUCCUUUGAGCGCAGGAAACAAGCUGGCAUCACUGGUGGGGAGAUCAGCAGAGGCGGAAAAACUACUGUUAGGAACUGGCUUUAAGUAAGAAAAAGAGAUUUAAGCAAAUGAACUUAAGCUAUAGGAGAGACAUUUUUCUGAACUUCCAAAGUUCUGUGAUUUCAGGUAGUUGGGUUUUUCUUUUCGUUUUCUUUUCCUGAACCAGUUUUGACAUCGGUGUGUGUGAUUCGACCUGACUUAAUUCCAGAUUAGCCAACAUCCCUUCCUAGAUCAGACCAGUGCACACAUGGAAACACACAAGUGGUGCGACUUCCAUUAACCCUUUCCAGUCUGAGGGAGCUCAGGCAGGGCUUGCGGGAGAGCCCUUACCGUAUGCGUGGGGGAGCUGUGACGCCUUGGGGGCACCGAGCUGGGGUGUGAGGAUCUCUUGGGGGCGGCAGGGAGGGGGGACUGGGAAGGGUUAACAGAACCAGUGCGCUGCGCAUCCCCACCACACUCACAGAGCAUGUCACUGCCGCGCCAGCCCCGUGCUGGGCCGCUGGGAUGCGUUAGAUGAGAAGGCAGCAGUAGCCUGCAUGCAGAUGCUGUCUUCUCCCACUGACUGGCCGAGGAACCGCUUUGGGGGGACGUGGGGAGGGUGGGGGCAGCCAGGGCCCGCGGGCGCGGGGCGGGUGUGCGGCAGCGUGGGGCGGGUACAGCCCGAGGAGUGGCGCGCUCCUACCCCAGGCCGUGGGCUUGUCACUUAUAGAACUAGACAUCUGUUAGGAUUCCUGUUUCUUAACCGCGCUUUGAUUUUGUAGGGCUUCCGCCCUGUUUUCCCUAUAGGGUCUAGAGUGCUUGUGUUGAGUAAAAGGGAGAAGCCCAAACGUUCAAAGCUGCUAAAUGUUCUCUUUGCCAUAAAGACUCAGUGUAACCGUGUGAUCACAUUAUAGGAUUCUCUUCUGUCCCUAGGUGUUGGUCUGACUUCCUUUGUUUUAAGGAGGGGGGUGGGGGUAGUGCCUUGAUCACUGUUGGUCUCCGCCAUGGAGACGAUCCUAGAAGCUGUAUUUACAAUAUAGCACAGCUGGGAGUGUACCGACUUUACCAGCAACUGAAAAGCUUAAAAUGGCUUUCGGAGCCAGUCCUGUGCAUGUGAUACGGGGUGAGGGCGUAGCGCUGAGGGGGAGCGGCGCGCGGAGACGCGGGUGGUAACAGAGGAAACCUGGUAAUGCCAGAGGAAGCGAGCUGCUGCCGGGGGGGGCUGGAGAAGCCCGGGGCAGCGCAGGGCUGCUGAGAAGGAAGACGUCUGGCGUGGGCACACGUUUUCCAGGCUGUGGGGAAAGGAGCUGCAUCUCGGAGUGCGGCAUGGGGGGGCCGCGGGUGCUUGCCGUGUUCGCUGCGGCCCUGAGGGGCGUGCGGCGGCCGUGCCGAGACCACAGCGGGGCUCCCCCAUCCCGGACUCCUGAGAUCCAACAGCUUUACUUACGCGUGAGAUGAAGCACAAGUGGUGGCGAUGUGGGUGUGGGGAGGUUGGAAUGGAGCCCUGCGUGUAUGUUUUAAAUUAUUUUACUCUUAUAUACUUUAUUUUAAUGAUCUGUGACCUGUCAGGGAAAGAAGAGAGAUUGUGUGAGCACAGGACAAAAAAAAUAAAACGGCUUAUUCAC